AUGGGCGUAAUCCCGAUAGCAUCAAAGCUGUUGGCGUCCGUCACUCUCCACCGAUUGUACACUAUGCUUGAGGAGCAGGCUGGGUUUCGUGCCGUCAACCUUCCAUCGGACUCGUUUGACUCAGACUUAGUACAGCCGCAAAAUGCGAUCGAUGUGACUUACACGUUUAGCGGGCCCACGGCAUUUCACAUUUUACGAUUCAUUCCUGCUGCUCUGUGGAAACAAUCAGACAGUUGUUCGAACCGGUCAAUCGAUGCGCCUAAGUCGCGUCCGAAUCGUGCAUCCGGACCCACUGUGGACGCAUUGUGGUCGACAUCCCCCGAGCAGCUGAUUACCAAUCGCACGCUGAUACGAUCUCUACGUCUAGCUAAUGUGUCCAACUUGUGUAAUCGAUCAGAAGAGCAGAUAUUACCGCUUGCCUUAUGGGCCGAUCGGAGUGCGUUGGUGUUUGUGAUUCGUCACUUGUCACUCCGAAACAAAUACGGCCCAUCUAGACACCGCGGUCGAGUGCGAAUCUGUGCCAUCCCUUGGGAUUUAGCAGCCAAAGCCAAUCAAGAAACCGCCCGCAUGGAAGUGCUUUGCAAUACCCCGUUGAAAGAGGUCAGUCAUUCUGGUUGUCAAUCAAACUACCAACCUUUGUGUCAAGAAAUUCACACUGACUCAGAGGUGGGGGUUGGACCCCAAAUCCGAUUUCUAGUCCCGGCUGAGACAGUGAAAGUAUACACAACUAAUGAGUUCCAUCAAGGACAGAAUAGCUGUCCAGUAGUCUUUUUGUAUCAUCGCGAAUUCCCUCACCAAUAA